AACGUUGACGUUAGCUUGCUGUUGCUACGAUGGCUUCUCCAAAAGCGUGGUUAGAAACACUCAAGAAAUCGAGGAAAACAGCAUUAAUUCAGGAUGGAAGAAGAAAGAUUCAUUUUAUUCUCCCCGAUGGAAGAGAACUUGUGGAAGAAUAUGACAUAAAAACAAAUGACUUGCUAGUGCGUAAAUGGAGAAGUAAGAAUGUACUUGGAAGAGAAGGGAAAUGGGAGAUUGAAGUUGGAGAGCAGUUCAGGCAACCAGCUUCAAGUGGAGAGGCAGAUUUCCUCAUGGAAAGUAGCUCAAAUCCCAUCUGUACAAGGAAGGAUACUCGACAGGCAUUCCAGUGGAGGAUACGAAACCUUCCAUACCCUAUUGAGACCUACAGUCUAUCAGUGGACCAAGACAGCAAAUGCUGUAUUAUCAGGACAUCAAAUAAAAAGUACUACAAGAAGUUUGUCAUCCCAGAUAUGGAGCGAGCUGGUCUUUCUCUUCAACAGUCAUGCUUCACUAUGGCUCAUAGUAAUAAUACUCUCAUCAUCACAUACAAGAAGCCAGCUGAGAUCCUAGCAUUAGAGAAACAAGUUAUCACAGAGAUACAGAAGACAAAGAACAGCAAAGAAGGUGACAUGGAGUGUGCACCAAGCUAA